GGAAACUCGAACAUCUGCUUUCUCCAACGAACGGACCAAGUCGAGCAGGAGACUGGCAUACUUAAUAUAAGUCCGAAGGUAGCUUCGUCCAUCGUCUCCUCCAUCUACGACCAUCGACGGCGAUGACCUCCCCAGAGUUUGAUCCAAAGUCUGUACUUACCCUCGACCCAUGGCUUGAACCAUUCGUACCGGCCAUCGGCCACCGUUACGACCGCUUUAAAGGCUGGAAGGACACUAUUUUCCAGCAUGAAGGAGGAUACGAAUCUUUCACCAAGGGCUAUGAAAAACUUGGGUUUAAUGUCGGCUCCAAUGGCGAAGUCGUAUACAGGGAGUGGGCCCCGAACGCGAAAGAGGCCAACUUGAUCGGGGAUUUCAAUGGGUGGAACAGGAUGAACAUUCCAAUGAAAAAGGACGCGUAUGGUGUUUGGGAAGUCACUGUACCACCCAAGGAACCUGGAGUCUGUGCUAUCCCGCACGAUUCGAAAGUGAAGAUAUCCAUGAUUAUACCAUCUGGAGAGCGUAUCGAGCGUAUUCCUACCUGGAUCAAGCGCGUCACACAGGAUUUGACCGUCUCGCCUGUCUACGAGGCAAGAUUCUGGAACCCCCCUCCCGAGUCGACCUACGUCUUCAAGAACAAGUCUCCCCCAAAGCCAGCGAGCGUCAGGAUCUACGAGGCUCACGUCGGCAUAUCCACCUCGGAGGGGCGCGUCGGUACUUACAAGGAGUUCACCGCUAACAUCCUCCCGAGAAUCCAUGCCUUGGGAUACAACACCAUCCAACUCAUGGCCAUAAUGGAGCACGCGUACUAUGCGUCGUUCGGAUACCAGGUCAAUAGUUUUUUCGCGGCUAGCUCUCGCUACGGUACCCCCGACGAGCUCAAGGAGCUCAUUGACACUGCCCACGGCAUGGGCAUAACUGUCCUUCUUGACAUCGUUCACUCCCACGCGAGUAAGAACGUCCUCGAUGGGCUCAACCUCUUCGAUGGCUCCGACCAUUGCUACUUCCACGAAGGUGCCAGGGGGCGUCACGAGCUUUGGGACAGCCGUCUCUUCAAUUACGGCUCGCAUGAGGUCCUUAGGUUCUUGCUCAGUAAUCUGAGAUUUUGGAUUGAGGAGUAUCAUUUCGACGGGUUCAGGUUUGAUGGCGUGACGAGCAUGAUGUACCUCCAUCAUGGUAUCGGGACUGGCUUUUCUGGCGGAUACCACGAGUAUUUCGGCCCAGGCGUGGACGAGGAAGGUGUGGUCUACCUCAUGCUGGCCAACGAAGCUAUGCACGAGCUAUAUCCCGACAUAAUCACCAUCGCCGAAGACGUCUCGGGAAUGCCACUCCUCUGCAUUCCUGUCUCGCAGGGUGGCGUAGGCUUUGACUACCGACUCUCAAUGGCCAUUCCCGAUAUGUGGAUCAAGCUUCUCAAGCACAAGCACGAUGACGAGUGGGAAAUUGGCAAUAUCACUCACACAUUGGUCAAUCGGCGACACGGAGAGAAGAGUAUCGCGUAUGCGGAGAGUCAUGACCAGGCGCUCGUCGGAGAUAAGACGUUGGCAUUUUGGCUUAUGGACAAGGAGAUGUAUACGAACAUGUCAGACUUGACGGAGAUGACGCCCGUUAUUUCUAGAGGAAUGGCAUUGCACAAAAUGAUCCGUAUACUCGUCCACUCGCUCGGUGGGGAAGGUUGGCUCAACUUUGAGGGUAACGAGUUUGGUCACCCUGAGUGGCUCGAUUUCCCUCGCGAAGGUAACGGAAACUCCUUCCACUACGCCCGUCGCCAAUGGAAUAUUGUCGACGACCCUGUUCUCCGGUACAAAUACCUCAAUGCUUUUGACGCCGCCAUGAACCACCUCGACGCGAAAUACAACUGGCUAUCCUCUCCACAGGCAUUCGUCUCCCUCAAACACGAGGUCGACAAACUCAUCGUCUACGAGCGCGCCGGACUCUUGUUCGUGUUCAACUUCCACCCGACACAGAGUUUUGCGGAUUAUAGGGUCGGGGUGGAAGUGGAGGGUCCGUAUGAGGUGGUGUUGAGUAGCGAUGAGAAGAGGUUCGGUGGGUUUGAGAAUUUGCUGGCGGGUGGACGGUAUGAAACGACGCCGAUGGAGUGGAAUGGUAGGAAGAACUGGAUGCAUAUCUACAUCCCAUCGAGGACGUGUGCCGUGUUUGCAAAGAUAUAGGUUCGGAUGGCGCCAAAACUCCACGGUGUAGCGGGGGGAAAUCAUGUAAGAUGGAAGAAUCCAAGAAUAUGCACGUAUAUCGAAAGAAGGAUGUCAAUUGUCGGUCGUGCUUGCUUAAGGCCUUGUACUAUAGUUUACCACGGUAUCUUUCAAGGCUGUCUUUUCUCAAAUCUCAACCAAUGUAUUGUAAACAACUAUGCAUGACGUGGUGCGAAUACAUGUUUUCGAAAC